AUGGUUGAGACCACUGUUGCAGUCCAAACUGGAAAUAAAGCUGGAAAUGGAAAUCAGAUCGAUAUCAGUUAUCCUUUUUAUCUUUACUCUUCAGAUUCACCAGGGAUGAGCCUAGUGAACUUCAUCUUUGAUGGAAGGGGUUUCCAGGGAUGGAGGAGGACCAUUCUCAUAGCUCUCUUAGCCAAAAAUAAGCUGAGUUUCAUAGAUGGUACCUGCAAAAUUCCAGAUCUGGAUUCAUCAGAAUAUCAACCAUGGAGUAGAUGCAAUGACAUGGUUACUUCAUGGCUACUCAACUCCUUAUCUAAGGACAUAGCUGACAGUGUGAUUUAUUCAAAAACAGCUAGAGAUCUGUAUAUAGAUCUGGAACAGAGGUUUGGACAAUCAAAUGGAGCCAAACUCUUUCAUUUGCAAAAGGAACUUAGUGAUCUUGUUCAAGCUAAUUCUGAUGUUGCUGGAUACUACACUAAAAUGAAGAGACUAUGA